AUGGGAAACUGCGUGUUCAAAGGGUUUCAACAUAACAUGUCCGAAGACAUGAUGGUGAAGGUGGUAACCUCAAAUGGAGGCAUCAUGGAACUCUUCUCUCCCAUAACCGUGGAGUGCAGAACCAACGAGUUUCCCGGCCACGGCAUCUUCCGAAGCCGCCGCGACAUCUUCUCCGAACCGCUACCGAACACCGAAGAGCUCCACGGCGGCGAAGUCUACUACCUCCUCCCCCUCAACCCUUCUUCCUCCAGAAAGACCAUGACAAGACAACUAUCCGAUGUGGCCUUAACGCCAUACCGAAUGUCCACGUGCGACAAAAGCAACAAUAACAAUAACAACGUGUAUUCGGAACCAGAAGUGGUUACGAGAUACAAUAAUAGUGGAGUGUGGAAGGUGAAGUUGGUGAUAAGCCCUGAGAAGUUGUCGGAGAUUUUGUCGCAAGAGUCGCGGACGGAGGCGUUGAUAGAAAGCGUAAGGACGGUGGCGAAGUGCGGCAACGGCGUGCCGUCGUCGGUGGCGAACUGCGAUCAGUGGAGUUUGGCAAGCAGUUGGAAAGGUUCUAUGUCGGAGAAGAUGGGUUUAGAAUAA